GCGAAGCGCGCAUGCGCAUUCGGAGGCGGCGGGCCUGCUACAGUGAGGCGCUGAGGCGUUUGUUUUCCCUUCAGGAAGAAGGAGGGACGCCAUGAGCCAGGCCAACGAGGAGUUCCACCGGCAGCUGCGGCUCCAGGAGCUGUACGCCAAGAAGAAGAAGAAGAAGGAGGAGCAGGAGGAAGACGAGGACGACGACGAAGAGGACGACGAGGAGAGCGAAGACCCCUUCACCUACACGGACCCCGCCGACGGCACCGAGUACGAGUGGGACCGACAGAAGAGGGCCUGGUUCCCCAAGGUCACCGAAGACUUCCUGGCGAACUACCAUGCCAACUAUGGCUUCCCCAGUGAAACGUCAGAGGAGUCGUCUGCCUCGGGUGCAAAGGCUGGCUCCAAACCAACUCACGGUCCAAAGGCAGCGGUGGGUGUCCGGCGGCCGACGGAGCCUAAAGCCUCACAGCUGACGGAUCAGAAACAAAAAGGAGAGAAGAGAAAACCCGAUGCAGGCUGGUUUCACGUGGAAGAACAGAAGAACACUAAUGUAUAUGUAACAGGUUUGCCGCCAGACAUUACAAAAGAUGAGUUUGUAGAGGUCAUGUCCAAAUGCGGCAUCAUUAUGCGCGAUCCACAAACAGAGGAGCCCAAGAUCAAACUGUACAAAGACAGAGAAGGGAACCUUAAAGGAGAUGGACUCUGUUGCUAUUUAAAGAGAGAAUCUGUUGAACUUGCCUUAAAGCUGUUGGAUGAGAAUGAAAUCAGAGGCUACAAACUUCAUGUGGAAGUUGCCCAGUUCCAGCUCAAAGGGGAGUACGAUGCCAGCAAGAAGAAAAAGAAGUGCAAAGACUACAAGAAGAAGAUGUCUCUGCAGCAAAAGCUCCUGGACUGGAGGCCCGAGAAGAAAGAGGGGAGCGUCCGGAUGCGGCACGAGCGGGUUAUCAUAAUCCGGAACAUGUUCCACCCUAAGGAUUUCGAGGAGGAUCCCUUAGUCCUAAAUGAGAUCCGAGAAGACCUUCGGUCAGAAUGCGAGAAAUUUGGACAAGUGAAGAAAGUCAUAAUAUUCGAUAGACAUCCAGAUGGAGUGGCUUCGGUGUCCUUCAAAGAGGCCGAGGAAGGUGAUGUCUGUAAACAGGCACUUGACGGGCGGUGGUUCGGUGGGCGCCAGCUCAGUGCGGAAACGUGGGAUGGUGUCACCGAUUACCAGGUUGAGGAAACCGCAAGAGAACGAGAAGAGCGGCUGAAAGGUUGGGAAACGUUUAUCGGCAAUCCUGCUACAGAAAUGCCCAAAACUGCAUCUGAGGCGGAUUCUUCAGCAACCGGGAAGCAACUUCCGGAAGGAGUCCAUCCGUCGAAAGAUAAUGGCGCCUCCGAAGGUGAGGCGAAAGUUGAACCGGUGGAGAAAGAAGACGCCAAUGAAGACGUCACAGCAUCCACAGACAGCAGUGCCGCUGGCAGUGAGGAGGAGGAGGAGGAGGCAGAGACUUAAUGUUGCAAACUCCUUUGCAAAAGCAUGUCUUUAGGGUAACCUUUAGGAAUUCUGUUAUCCUGUGCUUUGGAGCAGCUACAGGCAGCAUCAACACGGAUAUAUAUAUAUAUAUAUAUAUAUAUGCCCAUUUUUGUCCUCAGCGUGGUUUUGGGAUAUUACUCACAAACCCGUAUUUAAUAUUCAUAUAUAUAUAUAUAUAUAUAUAUAUAUAUAUAUAUAUAUAUAUAUAUAUAGGCUGCUAUUUCAAGCUCUGUGUGUAUGUGUCCUAAGUUGCCAAGAGCCCUGCUGAACCGGCCAGCCAUCGUAAGUCGUCACUGUUCAGAAUCCAUCAGUGCAAGUGAAGUACAAACCUGCAGCUCCAUCGACUGCUCACUUUAGAGAGAGAGAGAGACAAAUGCUGUUUUUUUUGGGGAGGUUUUUUUGCUCAUUUGUUUUAAUCCUCCUGUCCUAUCCUGCUUGUAUGGCAUACAUCCGUUAUUCUGACUGUACAAGGAUUGGGGGGGUAUUCCUGAUAAUAAAUCUUUUAUACUAAGAGGAUGCCGAAGAUACAGUGCUGAGUAUCAUACAUAUCCAGGGGAGAAUUCUGCCUCUGGCUCUCCUCUAAGUCUCCCCUCACAACUGUGUUUUCCUGCCCCAAAUCUCCCAUAGAAAGUAUUGGAGUAGGAGCUGGCUAUGUUCCUGCAUCCAGACAGAAAACAAAGUAUCUGCCUGUAUCCAUGUCAUCAAUCCAUGCCUGGCUAUGUUCCUGUAUCCAGAUGCAAAUCAAAGUGUCUAUCCAUAUCCAGUGAUGUGAUCCGCAGAUGAUGUCAUCCAUCUGUGCCUGGCUAUGUUCCUGUAUCCAGGCGCAAACCAAUGUGUCUCCUGGAUCCAAUUAUAUGAUUUAAAGGAGUCCGCAGAUGAUGUCAUCCAUGUGCGCCUGGCUGUGUUCCUGUAUCCAGGCGCAAACCAAUGUAUCUGCCCUUAUCCAAUUAUAUGAUUUAGAGGAGUCUGCAGAUAAUGUCAUCCAUCUGUGUCUGGCUAUGUUCCUGUAUCCAGACGCAAACCAAUGUGUCUGCCCAUAUCCAAUUCUGUGAUUUAGAGGAGUCCGCAGAUGAUGUCAUCCAUCUGUGCCUGGCUGCGUUCCUGUAUCCAGGCGCAAACCAAUGUGUCUGCCCGUAUCCAAUUAUAUGAUUUAGAGGAGUCCACAGAUGAUGUCAUCCAUCUGUGCCUGGCUAUAUUCCUGUAUCUAGGCGCAAACCAAUGUGUCUGCCCCUAUCCAGUUAUGUGAUUUAGAGGAGUCUGCAGAUGAUGUCAUCCAUCUGUGCCUGGCUAUGUUCCUGUAUCCAGGCGCAAACUAAUGUGUCUGCCCGUAUCCAACUAUGUGAUUUAGAGGAGUCCGCAGAUGAUGUCAUCCAACUGUGCCUGGCUAUGUUCCUGUCUCCAGGCGCAAACCAAUGUGUCUGCCCAUAUCCAAUUAUGUGACUUAGAGGAGUCCGCAGAUGAUGUCAUCAGUUCCCACCUGGCUAUGAGGACAUAGGCAAACACUUGGAUCUCCAGCAACCUUGGGAUAGAGGAGGCCAUUGGUGCUCCACAGUAAUGAAUCCUGGCUGGAUUUUGGAUCUUGCAGAGAAAAUGGAAGGUAAUCCCACAAUAAAGGACAUAUGAACCCACAAAAUGAAUUAAUGCCAGUGUUAGACACCAAGACAUAGUCAGUCUGAAUGUGCUUGUCCAAUGAAUGGGGAAAUACAGCGAUGCCACACUGCAAUUAAACAAAAUCAGUGAGGUGUUCUGAAGGCACCAACUGAAUCGCAAAAGUCCCAUGUCUUUCCCCUCCCUACUCCCAUUUAUGAUGAUGAUGAGAGGCUUGGUAGGGAAUGGAAAAAAUGUAAAUAAGAUUAACCAAUCUUUGUUUUCAAAUUGGUUUCUAUACAUUUAUUUGGGGAAAACAUGCAGAGAGCUUGUGUGGUGGAAGUGUGAAUCCCUUCUCUAUUUUUUGCCCUGCUGAUAUUUCUUGUGUUCACAUGUAAUUAGGUUUCAAGCGUUCGUUAGGAAUGAACUCCGUGUGGGAUAUGUUCUUUUAUACUUGGAUUGACUACAAGAGAGACUAUGAAUAAAAUUGUUUUGAAAUCCAA